CUAGCCAUUAUCGCCGGUCAGGGUGCUCGGCGAAGCCUCCGGCUAUGGCCGCCUACAACAACUCCAGCGAGGACGGCGCGGCCCGGGACGAGGAGGGUUACGGCGCGGCGUACCAGCACGAGUACUCCGGCGCGCCCACCGAGGUUCCGGACGAGGUCGGCGCGGCGUACGUCUCCCCCGGCACGCGCUCCGCGGCCCAGAACGACACCGUCGCGGUGUACUGCCUCGACUGUGACGACACGCCCGCCGCGGCGCCGGCGGCCAAGCGGCGCGCGGCCGCAGACCAGCCAGGCGCAUCCUGCUACAGCUCUGCCGUGGCCGCCGGCGAGGCCCUCCCGCGCGCUUCUCAGGUUUUGGCACGCCCUGACAAGAAGACAACCGUCCCGGCCGCAGACGCCGGCCCAGGCAAGGUCGCCGGAGCGUUCACUGAGCGCCUGCGCCGCGGUCUGCCCGUCCUCGGCCUUUCUGUUGCUUCUCUGGCGGUGGCCGGCCUCGCCACCGGCGAACCUACCCCGGCGGCGGGCUUUGGGCUGUUCCUGAUGCUGAUCGUUGGCCUGUCCAGCGUCACCAUCCGUGCGAUCGGCGCCUAG